UUUGUUGGAUUAUCAACACAAGUGUCACUACUUGUCAGCAGUCACCACACAUCACUUUUUAUUUCGUUGGUUGAUAGUUGUGAUUUAGUUUAAGUUCAAGGAUCGGUAAUGUAAGAGUUCAGAUUAAAGCAUUAUAUUGUCAAUGCCUUAUUUAAUUUACGUGUUAUUAAAUCCCAGCGUAAACUUAUUGAAGUGGUAAAUUAUUUGUUGUGAGUCAAACUGAAAAUAAAAAAUGUCUUCUGUUCAAAUUCAAGAACUUAGAGAUGCUUUUCUGCAACAGCUUGCGUCUAAAGGAAAUGAUGCCGUUCAUCCCAAGGACUUGGAAAGGGUGAAGAAGGAUGAUAACUGGGUGAACCGAUUUUUACUACAACAUGAUAAUAAUCAAACAGAAGCUCUAAAUAUGAUGUGGGAGACGUUAACUUGGAGAAAAGAGUUUAACGUCAAUGAGAUUAAUGACCAUGUGAAGAUGGAUAUAAUAGUUCAGGGUGGAUUUUUUCCACAUGGGCAUGAUAAAGAUGGUUGUAGUUUGUUUGUAUUCAAGUGUAAGAAAUAUGUGAAAGGGACUCACAACAUGGAUGAUUUGAAAAGAUGUGUCGUGUAUUGGUUUGAAAGAUUAGAAAGGCAAGACAAAGGCAAACCUAUCACUCUCUUCUUUGAUAUGGAAGGCUGUGGCUUAGCUAAUAUGGAUUUAGAAUUUACUAAAUAUCUAAUAGGCCUAUUCAAACAAUAUUACCCUUAUUUUUUAAAUUACAUUCUGAUUUUUGAGAUGCCAUGGAUUUUAAACGCCGCCUUCAAAAUAAUUAAAUCUUGGCUACCCGAAAAAGCGGUCCAAAAAAUCAAAUUUGUUGGAAAAAAAGACAUAAAAGAGUAUGUCCCACUGGACCAGGCACUAACGUGUUGGGGUGGACAAAACGAUUACACCUUCAGCUUCCUGCCAGAACCCCAAGAGGAAGUUCCAAAUAACGUCAGUACUGCCAGCAGCAGGAAGGUUCAUUUUGCUGAUGGGUCUUCGAUGUCAGAGUCACCAGAAGGGAGUGGAGACAGAGAACACGAUGGAAGUACUCUUAGUGUGCAACCAUCCAAUAUCAUCACCUUUGUCAAGGAGGGUGGAGAGCUGGUCAGUACUGUGGAAUUACAAAACAUUGAUAGCUCUCUCAUAUUGUCCUUCAAGUUAAAGACCACUUCACCGGAAAAAUUCCGCGUUAGACCCAGUGUUGGGUGCUUGACACCUGGGGCACGCGCUACGGUACACGUGACUCUCUUGCCCGGUUUCCAGCUAGGUGGCCUAUCCAGAGAUAAAUUCCUUGUGAUGAGUACAGUCAUUGAACCCCGUGAAAUGAACGAGGAUUUAACCCAGUUAUGGAAGGAUACGUCUGGAAGGAAAUUAAAUCAACACCGGCUGAAGUGUGCCCAAUCGAACGACAUUUCUAAAAAUGGGAACGCCGUUCCCGUGCCUGGGGGCUCUUCUGACGGGGAUUACACAAACACCAGUCAGCUUAUGACAAAAAUAAAUAACUUAACGGAGUGCCAAAGUCAGUUACACGGGGCUGUUAAACGUAUUCAGUAUUUCCAGAUGGUAAUCGUUCUCUUGGUUAUCGUUUUGGGGGUUAUGUUAUCUUAUGUCUUACACCUCGAGAGUCGAGAGGGGUAUAGCGGUUCAUGCAGUGCCCCAUAACAAUAACUGUUAGACGCAGGCCCGUUCGAAAUAAAUUUGGUUCGUAAACUGUUGCAAAAUUCAUUGUACAUUAUUUUGUACCUGAUUUGUAUUUUUAAACUGGUUUUAAGUUUUUAACCGGUGCCUGCAGUUCAUGACAAUAUACAUUCCUAUAAAAUUUAUUUUUUGUUAAAAGUAAAGUGCUUUAUUUUGGGUAUUUUAAUAUAUUAAAUCAGUUUGAGUGAUAUUGUUUAAAUGUGUGUAGUUGAAUUGGUUGAUGCAACAUCCACCAACCUUACACCAUGCUGUUUUUGUCUAGUGAAUAUAUUUUUGUUUAUAUUUUUAAAGGUUAUAUUGUUAAAAUCUUUAACUUAAAUUAGAUUUUAUAUUUUUAGUUAAGAUACUUUCAUGCUAUGUACAAUCGCAUUAAAAGAACUGAAAAGAUGCUAAUUGUAUAUAUUUUGCCUAUGUGUAAGUUAAACAACUAUGUGUAGUGAUUUUUAUAUUGGAGGUCGUACACUCUGUUUACGUUUGACAUUUAAUAAGAGUUUAGUAGUUAUCGAUAUUAAAUUUUAUUUGAAACUAUUUUUUUAUGGAUACGUAUGUACUGCCACACAUAUUUAUUUAAUAGCUAGUAUAAUAUUUAUUAACUAAUCAAAAUUUAUAAUUAGGCAACUUUUUUAAAUAAUCAAGCAAAAACAUUCAGGUGCUACGAGUUACCAAUUACAAUCAUUGCCACCUUGUUGAAGCAUGAACUAAACGAAUAUUGCCUUAUACUUAUAAUUGUACAACAAAAAUCCUCAAACGUGGAUUCCUAAACCUAGUUAGGCAGCUGAUCUCCAAUUCAAUGAUUUUUUUACGCUCCAACAGUGAGACAUAUUAAAAAAUAUAUAAAAACAGUUGCCUAAGCUAAAAUUUUGAAGAACCUAGGUGAAAAAGGGUAGAAAAAUAAUUAUAGUAGUAAUUUUUAAUUACAGAAUUGAUUUGUUCAGAAGUGAUGAAUAAAUUGAUGAGAGGAAACUUA